CUGGGGUGGUCACAGGGGGUGAGCGGGUGCUGCAGCCCCUCCAUAUCCAGCUCUCUCUCUGCAGCCCUGCCAACACUCCUGCUUUGUACAAGUCUCACAAGUUUGUCAGGCCUCAGCUCUCAGUGGGAGGGUGUAUCAGCUGAUGGUGUCCCCCCCCACAUCCUGGGGUGGUGGGAGGCCGGGGGGCAGGAGGCCACGGUGAGGGGCUGCCCCUGGUAGCGCUGCAGGGCUGGCUCUGGCCGCAGGGCUGACGGGCCACGCCGAGGUGGUGAGGGUCAUCUUCGACCCCCGGAAGAUCAGCUACGAGGAACUUCUCAAGGUCUUCUGGGAGAACCACGACCCCACACAAGGCAUGCGGCAGCAGGAGGACCUGGGCACCCAGUACCGCUCUGUCAUCUACACGCUGGGCCCCCAGCAGCAGGCAGCUGCCCUCCGCAGCAGGGCGGUGUACCAGCAGGAGCUGAGGGAGCAGCGGUGUGGCGAUGUCACCACUGUCAUCGAGCCGGCCGGUGACUUCUACUACGCCGAGGACCACCACCAGCAGUACCUGCACAAGGUGCCUGGGGGCUCCUGUGGCCUGAAGGGCACCGGUGUCACCUGCCCCCUCACACCCUGAGCGGCCACCUCGUGCCCCCUGGCUUGUCCCCACGUCUCCAGCGCGGCAGGCAAGGUGGGGGCAGCAGCCAGGCCCAGAUGCCACUGCCGGCCCCA